CGCUUCGCGAGUAAUUAGUGCGCGCGGGUCAGAGGUGCGACACAACAUGCCUCCGCUGGAGAAAUCACAACAUCCCAAACCUUUCAAACUGAGGAAGAGUUUAGCUACGAGGAAACAAGAGGUGGCAGGAAUCCGAACUAAGUUUCCGACUAAAGUCCCGGUGAUUAUCGAGAGGUAUCGGAGAGAGAAGUACUUACCACCUCUGGAUAAGACCAAGUUCCUCGUGCCUCAGGAGCUCACCAUGAGUCAGUUCGUGACCAUCAUCAGGAAUCGGAUGACCCUGAUGCCCAGUCAAGCUUUCUACCUGCUGAUCAAUAACUCGGGCAUCGCCAGCAUGUCUCUGACCAUGGCUCAGCUCUACAAGGACCAUAAAGAUGAAGACGGCUUCCUCUACAUGACGUACGCCUCACAGGAGAUGUUUGGACACUGUAGUAAUAAAAACAGGUGACGUGUGUCCAGACGCCAUCGUUGGCGGGUCCAAGAGGUCUUAUUUACUUCAUUGAACUGUGAUUUAAAUAUUUAAGUCUUUGUAUAUUGUUAGCUUUUUAGAUCUACUACUCUUUUCUAAUGUAUGUUUUAAUUGAGUAAUAAAAUGUCUUUAAUUCAUGCAUCGGUCACUAGAGGGAGACAUCUGUUCAUUCAUGUGCUGCAGAGGUGUCCUCAAAUAUGCCUGACUAAUAAAACAAUGUCAAUCAUUUCAUUGGUUUAUCAUAUGGUGAUUAGAAAAUAAAGGAUUUUGUUUGAUGCUGCA